GUGUUACUGGAUGGUAAUGAAUACUGCCGACACUACUGUCUGUAAUAAUGUCGUUGGUGUUUCACUUUAUGAUUAUUCGUUCAUCUCAUGAACAUGUUGCUAGCUUUGUUGCUUAUUUUGCUCAUAUUGGCAAUAUUUCUCUUACAUUUAUGAUUCUUUAUAAUAUACUGUAUUUCUUUAAUUUAAUAAUGUGGACGUUGUAUAAUGUACCUUAAGUUGUUUAUUUUUCUUUAUAUUCUGUUUAUAUCGAGUAUUACUCUGCUGACCGCGUUUUAAGAAAGUUGUUGAUAUUGUUUAAUUUGAAAAGCGACUUUUACUGUGACAGUAGACACUUCGUUUAUUUAUUUCUGUGUUAUUGUUUAUUUCAGAAACUACCUCCAGUGCAUAGUCAGUGUGUGUUUAUAAGACAAUUUAUUCAGUUCCCAGAGAUGUCUAUAUUAUAUAAUCUAUCAAAACUGCUUCCUCUCCUCUUCGUGAACAUUGUGCUUUGUGUGGCAGCUUGUAAUAAUGCAGAAUAUGAAAUUAAUGGAGAGUGUUGCCCAAUGUGUGAUCCAGGAAACCGAGUUUAUAAACACUGUGAUGAGUUCACAAGCACAACAUGUGAUUCAUGUCCCUUCAUGACUUACUCUAAUACACCUAAUGGAUUUACAGAGUGUGUGCCCUGUUCUGUGUGUGAUACGAGUGAUGGGCUGAGAGUAAAGCAUGCAUGUACAGUAACAUCAGACACAGUGUGUGAACCUCUUCCUGGUUAUUACUGUAUAGACUCACUCUAUAACUGUAAAAGAGCCAAGAAACAUUCAUCCUGCUCACCUGGACAAUACAUCAAGCAAACCGGAACAGAGUUCAGAGAUACAGUGUGUGAUCACUGUCCUGCUGGUUCAUAUUCAGAUGGGACAGUCUGCAAACUGCAUACAGACUGUGAAUCUCUAGACAAGACAACAAUCAGAGAAGGAACAGAUACGACUGAUGCUGAGUGCAGUGAUAGACCAACUUCUUUCCUGAAACUGAUUCUGUGUGUGUUUGUGGAGUGUGUUUAGUGUGUUUGCUGAUGUUUGAUCAAAGAUUCAGCCAUGUUUCAUGGACUUUUUUUAUGGGACAAGCUGCACUGGGUCCCAAAAAGUGUAUUAAACCUUCACUGUAAAAAAUGUAACGUAAAAUCAACAGUAGCUUACUGGCAACAAAUAGCCAGCAAGCUUCAGUAUUUUAUUCCACGGUAAUAUUACUGUAAAUCUGACUACAGUAGUUGACAACAUACUGUAUAAUAACUUACAGUAUAUUUAUACUGUAAAAUUAAUUACAGUUCAUGUUUUUGCACUGUAUUUUAAAAUACCGUAAAGUUACUCUGCAGUAUAAUUGAUUACGGUAGUUUUUAUAUUCACAUAUACGCAUAUAUACACAACAUAUAACUAACUACAACCUGUUACAUGCUUAAAAAAUAAUGAAAUAUAAAGGCAAAAAAAAUUCACACAGUUAUAUUACUGAUUAUUAGAUGUCACGUAAAUUAUGACAACACUCAGAACAUUUAUUACAGUUUCAUUAAACGGUAAAAACACUCUCCAGACUUGACAGGGCCAAUGCAGAUCCCAGGUUUUUGCUGCCUAUAGAGAACAAAACACAAAAGUUUAGUUGCACUACAGCUUGACAGACAUCAAUGUGAUAAACAGACUUGAAAGUGACUUACCUCUUUAUUAACUCAUCAGCACGCUGCAAUGUCGAACAACAUACACGCUGAAAGAAAUGAAAAACAUAUUCAACACUGCAUAGACCUACACAGAGAUAUUCGUUUCACAAUGCAUCCCCUUUCUGAAUUUCCUUCUUGAUACAAUUAAUGUAAAGAUGCUCCUGACUACAUUUAAAUGUAAUGUUUGUAUUUCCCAUUAAAAGCCAAUAAAAUAUUGAAAUUA